ACUAUAUAUAUUAUAUUAUACAGUGCCGAUCACUGACUCCAUUGAUUAUCUUACAGUCUCUGCUGUAUCUGGGGGAGUCACCUGCUCCUGUGGCCCCUGUAUCAUUGGCCCCACUCCCUCCACUGCAGGAUUGCUCACCGCUUUAUGAUAAGAGACAUUCCAGCCCAGUGACAACAGAUCCUCGGGUCUCUUCCACUUAUAACAGUCUGGAGAAUUCUCUGCCGUCCUCCUGCCUCCGCUCUAUAGCGCCCCUCAGUGCUCAGUCAGCGACUCCUGUCCUGCAGCAUCAGGGAAGCCCCUCCCCCAGCUGCCUGCUGCCCGUCACCUUCCAGGAGGGGCGCCGUGCGUCUGACACCUACCUGACACAAGGUGCCCGCGCUCUUCGUCAGCUCCGGAGGUCUGUGCGCAUGCGCGGUCUGCUGUGCCUGGGUAAGCUGCGGCAUGGUGGUCUGUCGUCCCGCGGGGGGCGAUCUGUAGACUCUGCUGAUGGUGGAGACCCCCAGGGCUUCCUGCUGGAUGUGCUGCAGCAGCAGAGGUUACUACAGAUCUCCCUCCGGGCCCCCAGCACGUCCCCCUCGGGCCCCGCACUGCCCCACCAUUACUGCUACCUGACGGACCCCCCCUCUGUGCAGUAAUUGAUGGGGGUUGUAGUGACUUUUACCUCGUACCUGCUCCGGGGCAGAGGACCUCGCAAUAUCACAUGCACAGAAGGGGCCGCUCUGCCCCCGGGGGCCCGCACCGCACUGACCGGGAUGAAAGCAAUAAGCACAAGCACAGAACAAACUCGUCUGUAGUGUCUCUUGUGUAUGGCGAUGGCUGGCGGCCAUGACACCGCGAUGUGCGCUGGACGUGCGCCGGAGCCUGGAACGCUGCCGAUCCGCCAGAUGAAUGUUCCUGUAUGUCCCCCGAGCCGACCCGGCACUGUAUCUGUACACCCCUCUCCCCCCCCCCCUCCUGCAGCCGGGCACUGUAUCUGUACACCAACCCCCCCCCCCCCGCCCCUGCGGCCGGCCAUUGUAACCUGUACCCCUCCCCCAUACAUGACUGUCAUGGCUGCCCCUCCCUGUGUACCUCUACCCCAUACCUGAAGGUCACGGCUGCCUCGGCUCCUCUUUGUUGUAUAUUUUCCUGGACUGAUGGACACUAAGGGGUCACUGACUCAUUUCUACUGAUAAU